UGGGGCGUAAUGCCCCUGUCAACUUCUACACCAGUCGCGAGCUGCCGAAGUGGGACAGGUGCGGUCGAGCUGCCUACACUGUCAGGUAUAGGUGUAGCGGCAUAUGGUACAAUACUGCGUCGAUGGGUGAUGCAGUCAGCAUCGCCACCGCCAAUCCAGGGUCGACCGGUUGCAUCAAACCCAUCUAUGGCAAGUGCACAAUUAAUGAACAUCAGUCGAAUACGCAAAAGUACGUUCAACAGAGGAUGAAGACGGAACUUCACAAUGUGGUAGGUCUUGGAAAGCGUCGGUUGUGGGGCCACAUUCAACCUGAACGUCACCGCCCAAUCACGUUGCGAUCUGAGCGGCCCCCUUCUGCCGAGGAAAUCCCGAGCUCGCCGCUACUGCGCGCAACACCAAAAGUUCGUCCAUCGUCUGUCUCAUCGCCGCAACAACACCACGCCACGCCCCCGAACCAUGACCGAAGUACAGUCGCCUCCGCCCACGCUGGCGCCACCUGCAGAGGAGCAACCCUCCCUCACCGCCGACGAGCCCUCCACAUCCACGUCACUCGUCCCCGCCUCUACAACUGAUCAGGUCAUCAUCACUACAAAUGCCGAAGGAAAACGCGUCAAGAAGAUCAUUCGUCGCAAGCGUCGCCCAGCGCGGCCGCAGGUAGACGCAGCGACUUUCAAAACCGAUGCCCCGCCGCCAACGGGUACCAUCUUCAACAUUUGGUACAAUAAGUGGAGCGGCGGCGACCGUGAGGACAAGUACCUGUCGCAGACGGCUGCGCAAGGGCGCUGCAACGUCGCGAAAGAUUCAGGAUACACCAAAGCAGACAAAACACCAGGGAGCUACUUCUGCCUGUUCUUCGCGCGCGGCAUAUGCCCCAAGGGCGUCGACUGUGAAUACCUGCACCGCCUGCCGACCGUUACGGAUUUGUUCCCCAGCAACGUCGAUUGCUUCGGCCGCGAUAAGUUCAGCGACUACCGCGACGAUAUGGGCGGUGUGGGGUCUUUCCAGCGGCAGAACCGCACGCUAUACAUAGGCAGGAUUCACGUCACGGACGAUAUCGAGGAAAUUGUCGCCCGACACUUCCAAGAGUGGGGCCAGGUUGAGCGCGUCCGCGUGUUGACAGCGAGAGGCGUGGCCUUUGUGACCUACAUGAACGAGGCGAACUCGCAGUUUGCGAAGGAGGCGAUGGCGCACCAGUCGCUCGACCACUCUGAGAUCCUGAAUGUACGAUGGGCGACCACAGACCCGAACCCGGCGGCGCAGAAAAGAGAGGCGAGGCGAAUCGAAGAACAGGCCGCUGAGGCGAUCCGCAAGGCGCUCCCCGCAGCCUACGUUGCUGAGCUCGAGGGUCGCGACAACGGCGAGGCGAAGAAGAGGCGGAAGAUCGAAGGCACAUUUGGCCUGCAAGGCUACGAAGCGCCGGAUGAGGUGUGGUUCGCGAAGGAGAAGGCAGAGUGGGAGCAGACCAAGGAACUUGGUGCACCGGACGAACUGCUGAUGAUCGAGGGCGACACCGCGCAAGACGAGCAGGAGAUCCCGAUGCCAACACAGCAAGAGCCGCCCGCACCACAAAUUAGUGGCAUCCUCUCUGGCUCGACGCUCGCGGCGCUGAAGGGAUACACCGCCAAUACCAGCGCGAAGAAGCCAGCUCCGGCGGCUUCGGGGCUACUAGUCGGCUACGGCAGCGACGACGAUAGCGAUUGAGCUGCGCACCGUGUGGGAUGAGUCUGGCUGCACUUGAAGACGAUCAGAAGGAGUUUAUUGGCGCUGUAGCAUAGUAUGGCACAGAUAGCAUGGUGGCGUAAGGCGCAACAUCAAAUGAUACCCUUUAUAAU